CGGGCGCUCUGAACCCAGCUCCGAAUCUGGCCUUGGCGGCCGCGCGGUGGGGUCCUGAGGUUGCCGGCUCUCCUCCCACUGGGGGGGUCCCGCCUGGUGCGGGAAGCCCGCCAGCCACCAGCGGCCGGGCCGGCGGGAGGUUCAGGGCGCGGGGUGUGGGAGCGACAGGAGGUCCCUGUCCCACGGGCGGGUCACAGGUAAGGUGGCUGGUUUAGGGUGACUUCCGGCCCCACCUUGAGCAUCGCACCCCGUCCCAGCUGCAUGUCGCUCAGGAAGGCUCCCAGAAUCGGAGUCCAGGUGCCCGUGUGUGUGUGCGCGCGCGCGCGCAGGGGGUGGCGAGCAGGGGACAUAGGGCACAGGCCUCUUCCCUGAAGCCUUCCUGUUCUGGCCAGUGCUCCUUGGGCUGAUUUGAGGGCCCGUUGGUCCACUGGGGGCGGGGGCCCUGCUGCAGAAGCCGGGCAGCGUGGGUAACGGUGAUGUGAGCGGGCAGGGCCCCCGGGAGCUGGGCAGGACUCAGCAAACCUCGUUAACAGGCCAGACAGGAGCUAUUGUCAGCUUUUGGGGUGUGACCGUGUUCCAAUAAAACUUUAGCUGUGGACACUGAAAUAUGAAUUUCAUACCAUUUUUACGAGGCAUGAAAUAUUCUUUUUUUGAUGGUUUUUAACCAACAUAAAGUGUAAAACCAUUCUUAGCUCCUGGCUGUGUAAGGACAGGCCUGCAGUUUUGUAGCCUAGGGCGGUGGCUUUACCUUUAACCAAUAAGGUCCUGAGAAUUCAACCCGAGCAGUGAGGCAUAAGAAUAGAGACUAGCGUAAUGGGCGCCUACAUAAUGAAUUAUUUACCUUCUUGGUGGCCUCUCAGCCUUCUUACUAACCACCCCACGUGGCUUGGUCAUCCUGGCAUCAGGCUGAUGGUGCCUACAGAGCCAGGGUGGGCACCAGGGCCAGACCUCAUGACGUGUAGCUGUCAUUUCUGCCUGGCGGGGUCACCGGGAGCCUUGAGGCUCAAACAAGAUGAUGGCAGAAGUGCGGCCAACAUCUACAUCACUCUCCACUCUGCUCAUCUGCUGCUUUUUCAUGUUUUUCUCCGUUAUUCUCCCUGAGGUCAGACCAUCACCCGACGGCCAUCGCACAACACCCACUUCCUGCCUACCUCCUCCAGCUGUUUGGCAGGAUGCUUAGAAGGGUUUAUGGCUACCAAGCCCUGGCUCAGCCCCCUCCCGGUGCCCACCUCCACGCCGUGGGCAUAGCCCACGGAGAGCUGGCCUCCCUCUUGCUUUGCUCACCCACUUGGGGUGCCUCCUGCACCCACCGGUGGUCCCUGGGUGACUUCCUGGCCCUUCACCCCAUGGCCUCUCCAUCGGCAGCUCCUGUUGCCCAACUUCCAGCCUCUCUGGGUCCCUCUCUCAUCAGCCAGGUAACCCUGGCCCAAGGCCCCUCAUGUCACCGGGACAACCUCAGAAACCGCCCAAGUGAUGGCCCCGUUCCCGUCACCGGACACCACAAUCUCCGUUCUGUGCAGAGCCAACUCGAUCGCUUUAAAACGCCUGUCAGAGCAUGCUUAGACCCCUAUGGAAGUCCCCCCAGUGGCAGCCCACUGACACCCCAAGCCCAGCACAUCUCACCCUCACCUGUCCCUGGGCCUCUCACCCCAACCUCUGGAAGGUUCCAUCCCCCAGAUUCCUCGCGUCCUGUAUCACCUCAAGCUCUUUCCUGCCUCAAGGCCUUUGCAUGGAAGGCUUCCAGCCUGGAAUUAUCCCUGGCUGAGUUGCCUCCAGCAUCAGCCCCUCAAAGCCAGGCCCUUCUCUCCUUGAAGCAGCCACACCUCCCCCCUUACCUGGCAUUUCAGACUCUUUCUGCUAUUGUGUUUGUCAUAGUCUGUGAUAGUCGUGUGUGUGUGUGUGUGUGUGUGUGUGUGUGUGUGUGUGUGUGUGUGUGUGUGUGUGUUGAAAGAGAGAGAGAUUUCCUGGAGGCAAUUCCCUAUGGAAGGGCUGGGAGGGCCAGUGCAGUGAGGGUGUGUGCUGUGAGGGCCUGGCCUUAGGGGUGGGCGGGGCUGCCUCCUCUGCAGCUGCCUUUGCUGGUCCUUGGGGACAGUGAAUGCUGCUGGCUUUUGUGUCGGGUUUUGUGUAUACAGAUGGUGCCUGAAUGUUUCCAUCAUAAAUCCAGAGUGAGCAGCUGUACUGAGAUGUUGUUGGGAGCCUCCGUUUGGAGAAAAUGUACACCCAUUCUUUUUGUUUGCAAUAGAGCGACCGCCUUCUGAUCAAAGGUGGGAAGGUCGUGAACGAUGACCAGUCCUUCUACGCUGACCUGUAUGUGGAAGAUGGUUUGAUAAAACAAAUUGGAGAGAACCUCAUCGUCCCUGGGGGCAUCAGAACAAUUGAUGCCCAUGGCUUGAUGGUCCUGCCAGGCGGAGUCGACGUCCACACCAGGCUGCAGAUGCCCGUCCUGGGCAUGACCCCAGCCGACGACUUCUGCCAGGGCACCAAGGCAGCCCUCGCGGGAGGGACCACCAUGAUAUUGGACCACGUGUUUCCUGACGCGGGCGUGAGCCUGCUGACAGCCUAUGAGCAGUGGCGGGAACGGGCGGACAGUGAGGCGUGCUGCGACUACUCCCUGCAUGUGGACGUCCCCCGCUGGCACGAGGGCGUCAGGGAGGAGCUGGAGGCUCUGGUCAAGGACAAAGGUGUGAACUCCUUCCUGGUCUUCAUGGCGUACAAGGACAGGUGUCAGUGCACCGACAGCCAGAUGUACGAGCUGUUCAGCAUCAUCCGGGACCUGGGAGCUGUGGCCCAAGUGCACGCGGAGAACGGGGACAUUGUGGACGAGGAGCAGAAGCGGCUGCUGGAGCUUGGUGUCACCGGCCCCGAGGGCCACGUACUCAGCCGCCCCGAGGAGGUGGAGGCUGAAGCUGUGUACCGAGCUAUAACGAUCGCCAAGCAGGCCAACUGCCCCCUGUAUGUCACCAAGGUGAUGAGCAAGGGUGCGGCCGACGUGGUGGCCCACGCCAAGCGCAGGGGUGUGGUCGUGUUUGGGGAGCCAAUCACCGCCAGCCUGGGCACGGACGGCUCGCACUACUGGAGCAAGAACUGGGCCAAGGCUGCGGCCUUUGUCACUUCACCCCCCAUCAACCCGGACCCCACCACUGCAGACCACCUCACCUCCCUGCUGUCCAGUGGGGACCUACAGGUGACUGGCAGUGCCCACUGCACCUUCAGCACCGCCCAGAAGGCUGUCGGCAAAGACAACUUCACCCUCAUCCCCGAGGGCACCAACGGCGUGGAGGAGCGCAUGUCGGUGGUGUGGGAGAAGUGUGUGGCCUCGGGGAAAAUGGACGAGAAUGAGUUUGUUGCUGUGACCAGUACAAAUGCAGCCAAAAUCUUCAAUUUUUACCCAAGGAAGGGGCGAGUGGCUGUGGGCUCCGACGCUGACCUGGUUAUAUGGAACCCCAGGGCCACAAAAAUCAUCUCUGCCAAAAGCCACAACCUGAAUGUGGAGUACAACAUUUUCGAAGGCGUCGAGUGCCGAGGCGUCCCCACAGUCGUCAUCAGUCAGGGCAGGGUUGUGCUGGAGGACGGGAAUGUGUGUGUCACCCCGGGGGCUGGCCGCUUCGUUCCUCGGAAGACGUUCCCAGACUUCGUGUACAAGAGGAUAAAGGCGCGCAACAGGCUGGCGGAGGUCCACGGAGUACCCCGAGGCCUCUAUGACGGGCCAGUCCACGAGGUGAUGGUGCCCGCCAAGCCAGGGGGCAGCGCCCAGGCCCGUGCGUCCUGCCCCGGGAAGAUCUCAGUGCCGCCCGUGCGCAACCUGCACCAGUCGGGGUUCAGCCUGUCGGGAUCCCAGGCGGAUGACCACAUCGCCAGACGCACAGCCCAGAAGAUCAUGGCGCCCCCUGGCGGACGCUCCAACAUCACCUCCCUGUCCUAGGCAUAGCGGCGGGGGUGCCAACACCCUGCUGGGACCGCUCACCGUGUCGCUUCCCCUUUGCUGGGCUUUCUUUGAAAGGUGCUUGGUCUUCCUGCCCCUCCCCAGAAACUCCCUCUCGGGCCCCAGAGCCUGUUAGGAGGCGCUCCCCCAAGGAGAGGGCUGACUCUGGGGAGGUUUCACUGCCAGGGGCAGCGCAGGGGCCCCAGCCCAGGUGCCUCGCGAAGGCAGGGCAGCCACCCCAGUAGGGCCGCGGGAACCCCUGGGGCCUCGUGACCUGGAUAGGCCGAGAGGCUCGGCGUCUGCUCCGCCGCCGGGCGUGAACCACUGCCCCGCAGAGCCCGGGCUCUGCCACCUGCCCCGUCCCACGCGCAGCAGCCCCAGGGUUGCUGUGACUUCAGGGACUCAUCGGGAGCUUAGUGCAGGGCGGCUCCCGGCAGGACUCCUGCAGCCACUGUACACUUUUCCAAGGACCAAAACUCACCUCUAGUCGCCCGUCUCCGGGGCAGUUCUAGGGUCCUGUAGCUAGAAUGCUCUUUUCGGUACUAAGCGUGCAUUCCGAUAGUUCUAGAGCAGAAGUUUUGUGCGGUGAGGACAACUGUAGCCAGGACUGCAUGCCACCACGGCCCCGACCGCAGCACUGUCCCCCAGUCUGACGGGGACUGGGUCAAUUAAAGGCAUCUGGGUCGGAAGCUGCUCCCA